AUGGGGAAGACACCGUCAUUUGAGUCACUGGGCGUGCACCCUAUGUUGGUGUCGGCACUGCGACGAGUUGGGAUCCACCCGACACCGUUCCAGGCGCGUGUGUUGGCUAACACAACGAGCGACUUCGCGGACGUCAUGGUGGACGGGCGGGCGGCGGGUGGUGUGAACCCAAGCAGUAACAGCGGCGGUGCUGCUGGCGCGGAUGGCAUCGCGAGCCCGCGUGCCGUCACUGCGGAGCGGCACACGCUUAUUACAAUCUUCGUUACGCAUUGUUUAAUGUGUUCGAGGGAACCGUCACGCAGCACGGCGGUUGUGGUGGCUAGCAGCAAGGACUGCGCCGCGCAGCUUCAGAAAAGCAUGAAGGCUUUUGCAUCACACUGCCAUGUUGAAUUUCAGAUGCUGACAAAUGAGGGGCAGCCGACACCACCGGUGAUUGGCUUGUCCGGUGAAAGUGGUGAAAGAGGGGCACCAGGAUCGGCGUCGGUGUCCACUUCCAAAGGUGGGCGCGUCUUUAUUACCACACUACGUGUACUUCGCUCGUGGAGCAGAGAGUUCCUCCGGUCCAUCACGACACUUGCUGUGGAGGAUGCGAGUCGCAACAAUGAACGACACUUGGAGGAUAUUCUGCGGGCUUUGGCACCAUCACCGUCUGGCAAUGCGGUUACUUCAAAUCAUUCAUCGAACAACUUAACUGCGUCGCGGCAAACUGCAAAUAUAUUCUUGAUGUAUCUUGCGCCGCUGACGAAGGUGAGUUUUGGCAUUAGAUACCGCUUGAACCGCAGGAAUCGACGGUAUUAUCAUCUUCAAGGUCCAUCCGCUCCACCGGGGUCGGCGUUGCAAACAGCUUCCGGCACACUGCCUCCUUCAUCCACGCAGUUGGUGCAUCUUCUAUACUUGGACGAGCGGGAUCGCGAAGAAAUUUUGCACCGUGUGCUCCAAAUGUAUCACUCUCGUCGUAUUGUGAUUUUGACCCAUCACAAGGAGAUAAAACAUCUGCACCAAACCAUAGCUAAAUGGGGGAUGUAUCAAACUGGCAACGAGGCAAACGGCAGGGGGUCGGAUUAUAUGAGUUGCAUGCUGCGCUCGGAUACUGCGGAACGGCAGGAGUCCACUCUAAUGGGGUUUCUGCGUGAUACCAGGACCAACAGCAAUUCCGGCGCCGGUAACAGUGGUGACAACGGGAAGUCUUUUUCUGCACUGCUAAUUGGCUGGGAUGCAUUUACGGCUGUGGAUCUCAUGGACGUGGAUGUUUUUAUCCAAUACUAUCCUCCUCAGAAGUCCCUCACGGAGCGGGAGCGUGCUGAAUUUGUUCAGGUACUACACACCACAGCUGACCCUGAGAACAGUCGCCGUGGACGUCGUACUCUGCUUAUCACGUUCCUUGCAAUCAAUGACUUUACACUUGCUUUGUUCUUCAUGCAGCAGUACGGCCAAAACGGUCCCAUUCUUAACAUUGCUCCCAAUCACCCGGAGUUUCAACGAUGCAUAAUGGAAACGAAGACAGUGUUGAGGAUCAAGCAAAAGAAGGAGGGCAGUCGGCGCCAAAAGGACCGCGAAGAGGGCGGGCAGUACCCGAAUGCUAGUAGAAGCUCCAGUGCUGGAGCGGCGAACGCGCCGGUGCCGCUGCCUCGCUCCAUGCGACACUCGUCCCCCGGGGCUCGCAAGGAGAAGGAGCAGCGCACAACUAGUGGGAGCAACAAGGGCAAUGCCACUGCUUCCACUGCUGUUGGCAGCAGCAGCGGUGGUGGUGGCGGUGGUGAUGGCAAGUCACGUGGCGGUGGGAGGUGGAGUGGCGAGGGCCGAGGGCGACGUGCUGGUGACGCCGGCACAGCCAGUGGUGAAAGCUCUGCCUGCGUGUCGUCGCAGCCAACAGCUACUGGCUAA